GUGGCGACGGCGUUCAGCGCAGUCCACCUAUCACUAUCGAACAGGGACUUCCCAACGGCGGAAUGGGCCGGCGGCCGCCAGCAGUUCCAGCUGCACAAGCUACUACAGAGUGCGGUACCUGAAUACGUACGCCGCACCCAGUGCUCACUUCCCACCCUAAUCGAGCUGCUACGCGGGCAGACGACGUCCGACUACCGUCCCAAUAAGGAUAUCGUUCCUGCCGUCAUACAGCAAAGCUGCAGAACGUACCCCAAACUACAUACCCUGCUGCCCAUUGUGCAGGAAGGGAUUACUGUGACUCUAACGUCACCAAUGCCCCGCCAAACCAGCCCUCCACGAAACCACCCGUCCGCCACCAAGAGACUUAAUGUCCUCCGCAAGAACAUCCGGAAGGAGCAGGACCUCGGCCGCUGCAUCGUCGUCGACCGUGCCGUCGCCCAAUUCUGGCCCGAGCUGUUCUUGAGUCCCUUCGGGGUGAUCGACAAGGGCAACGGUGACCCCGACGUAGCCGGCCGGGUCAUCCACGACCUAUCCUUCCCAGAGGGGGCGUCCGUCAACGAUCACACCGACGCCGAGUCAGUGCCCACCGCCGAGUACAAGCACUGCGCAGCUAUCGCUCGGGAGAUUCUCGCCCAGAAAGAACGCUGUCCCGGGCGCAGCAUCAAAAUUCUACUAGGGGAU